AUUUGUUUUGAAAGAUGGCGGACGCGGGCACCUGCUCUGCCGUUCCGUGAUACUUGACUGUUUUUACCCCAUUUUCGACGCUUUUAUACAUUUAAUGGAUCUGUUAAUUUGAUCAGUACAAGAUGCCGUGUGUUGCUGCAGCUCAGCAAGCUGCCUCCAAAGUGAAUCACUUUGGUAUUGAGGUGUCACAAGGAUUAAUGUGGCAAGGAUGGGAACCUGGGCGAGAAUACACCAAGCAUAUCACAUUAAAAAAUGUAAAGGUUAAAACUCAGAAGUUAAAAUAUAGUGUGCCUAACACAAGAUUCUUUACAACACUCUACCCCCAGCCGGUCGUGCUCAGUGCAGGGACUAGUUUCACUCUGCCUGUCACAUUUAGGCCCUUGGAGAAGAACCAGUAUGAGGAUAAGAUCGAGUUCCACACACAUGAUGGAAUUUUCGAGAUCCCAGUCAAGGCCGUGUUGCCUGAAUUCAAAAUUGAGAUACCGUCGGAUAUCAACAUGAAGAUGUGUGCUGCUGAAGACUUUGUUGAGACGACAUUUGAAGUGAAAAAUGCCAGCGAGCUUCAGACGCCGUUCCAGUGGGAAGUCAAUGAACCGUUCUCCAUUCAGCCAUCCGAGGGUGUCCUUGAACCCUGGUCGUCCUUUAAUCUCAAGGUCACCUUCAAGCCCAAAGCUGCCAAAGUUUAUGAGGCCGAGGCCAUCUGUAAAUAUGGUCUAGAUUAUCGUCAGAGUAGCGUCACCAAGUUUGAGGGCAUUGGUAAAUACCCUCAUCUUCUCGUCUCCUGUUCUGGUAAGAAAUCGAAGGAUUUGUCAGCAGAGGACACAGAAGCUGUCCUCAACUUUGGCAAAGUGGUCAUCGGCAAGACAGUGGAGAAAUGGGUUGAUAUUCACAAUCUUUCUCCGGUGAAUGCGCCAUUCAAAGUUGACCUGACUCCUGGACCGAAUAGAAUCGAUACUGUUUUCAACUGUCCGCAGAAGCAUGGCAUCGUACCUGCGAUGAGCAGCAUCAGAAUACCAUUUAUAUUUUCUCCAAACAUGGUCGGCGCUACUAGUACGGACUACUUCAAUGUCAUCGCCAUCGGCAACUUGAGCAAGACUACUAUCAAAUGUCAUGGAUCGUCGAAAGGACCCUCAGUUCGACUGGCGCACACCAUGUUGAACUUCUCUCAGAUUGACACUGGUCGCCGAGGGACAAAGUCGUUGGAGAUAAUCAACGAUUCGGACACGGAGGCCAUUAUACAGUUCCAAAUUGACAGUGAGGAGAGCAUCUUCAAGUUCGACCAGACCUCUGGCGUGUUGAAACCAAACUCGUCAACAACGAUUAUCGUCCAGUUUGAGCCGGUUCAUGCCAUCAGUUAUUAUCGGAGAGUCGCCUGUGUCGUCCACAAUCAGGGCCCUCUCUUCGUUGACCUCCUCGGGACUUGUCACUCCGAACUGGGUAAACCUGCCGUCCUCCAGGCAAAGCACAUCGAACGAUACCGGGUCCACGUCGAUAGAGGUCUGUCCAUGUUUCCGCCGGAGCAUCUGAACGAGCUGUUGCAUGAUGGGAAACUGGAGCUGGACGAUUCUGGCGCGCUCAUGAACGCCGAAGCUGAAGAGAUUGAAGCAUUCUGUGAUCCCAUUGCCCCGCUACCACCGAUGGAUGAAUACUUCAAUGAUGGAUACCAUUCUGACAUCACGCACGCAGUGCCUCACGUGAGCACAGACAUCCACCACGCAGACUUUGGCAACCAGCAGAAUCUCCGACUGAUUGAACAGCAGACGAUUAACGUGACUAAUCAUACCAAGGGCAAGGUCACGCUCGUCUGGAUGGGAGAUCCUGAUCAUGUUUUCUCCGUUCUGCCUGCCACCAUGGACCUCCCUCCUCUCAAGACAUCCUCCUUCAGAAUCACAUUCAAACCAGGUGCGCCAAAUAAGUUCUACGGUAGCGAAUUGGAGUGCUAUGCCUUCUACAAGAGCAUGAGGGACUACCGUCUGGUCGAAGAUACCUCACAUUUUCCUCCUUGGUGUGUCACAGUCAAAUGUUCCGGUCAAACGUUCUUGCCCAACAAUGAGACGUUCUUGCCAAGAUACAGCCUCGAUUCACCCAAACUCAUCUUCCCAGCCGUGAAUGUCAACGAAUCUGCAUACAGGACGAUGGUUCUCAUGGACACUGGGACAACGCCGAUAUUCUAUGACUUUGAGAAGGAUGCUGGAGGUAUCUUCUCAGUGAAGCCAACUAAGGGUUUACUGAAGAGCGGAUGCCAGAUUUUCACCAUCAAAUCCGUACCGAACGCCGUCAAGAUCUUCAGGAAUUUGAUGAAGUUGAAGCUCAACGAUGACGAGAAGAAUACUCAGGAAAUUGUCCUGUAUGGGUCAGCAGAGUCGGCCGAAAUCAUGCUGGAGAAUGAAGGUGUGAUGUUCUUCAAGCCAACAUGUGUCGGGACGGCCACACAAAGACAGUACACCGUCAAGAAUACAUCAAGGAUUCCGCUCAAGUUUCAGUGGCACAUGAAACAUGCAGAACAACAAGUCCUGUCUGUCGAACCACUGACUGGUGUCAUACAGCCAAACGAGUCACAGGCGCACACCUGGACGUUCAAACCAACCGAUCAAAACAAGGUGGUCAUGAAGCCAAACCUGGUCGUCUGGGGCCAAGGUCAUAACGUCAACAGUUCCGGUGGAAAGAAACGCUCGUUCCCGUUGCGUGUCGUCGGCGAGGGAUCGUUCGGAGAAAUUCAUGCUGAGGAAUCAUUCAUCGACUUUGGUAAUGUUGUGGUCGGUAGCUCGGUGUCAAAGAUGUUUACAAUCUACAACAACAGUCCGUGUAAUCUCUACUACCGGCUCCAGUUAGACCAAGUUAUCGACGGACCAUACCCCGAGGAACAAGUUCGUGACGAUCCUAUAGCUCUUGAACUUGAGGAAACACAGGGGAUGCUGCCGGCACGGUCCAAGGCCACCAUCCACGCCACCGUUCGUCCAAUGAGGAGAGUUUUCUAUCAGUUUGCCAUAUCUUACCAGUUGCUCUCACCUGAAGGUAAGAGGACUGCUGCCGAGCCACAGCAUCUAUGUCACAUCCUGACGACCGGCGUAUUCCCGACGAUGGCAAUCACAGAUGCUCGUUGCCAUGGCAGCGCUAGUGGUAUCAGCAAGAAACAGCUGUGGGGCUUGUUUUCCUUGGACAGUUUCAACGUUUGUCUCGAUGCUGACCCGUCGUCUGCUGAACUCAUGUAUUCUGUCCAGACGAGACACAGCCAUAAACGCCGCCCUCCAGUCUACACCCGUGCGAUCCUCGACUUCAACUUCAGUGCCGCCCCGAUGGAGAGCGAGCCCUGCGUCGUCCACCUGAUGUUUGAGAAUACGGGCGCCGUCCCCGUCGAGUGGAACUUCAUGUUCCCUUCGGAUCUGCAACUCGAGCUGGAGUAUUGGGCGGAGACCGGGGAAUACGAUGAUGAUGAAUUACACGAGAUGAAGGUCAUGGAUAACAACCUAUUCGACGUCAGCCCGAAAAGGGGUUCGAUGCAACCUGGUGAAUGCAAGACGGUCACGUUCACGUAUCGCCACAUCAUGCCGGGAACAGACAGACUACCAGUCUUGCUCAAGCUCAACCGUGGCAGGGAAAUACUGAUCAACUUCAUCGGUGUGACUGUUGAGCCCGAGAGGCAGUACAUCCACUUCUCGAACAACAAGCACAUGUUCUCCCCCGUCCCCAUCGGCGAGCAAAACAACCCGAAACAGAUCUACGAACUUUACAACGGCGGCGCCCAGGCGCUCAAAUACGAGAUCGACACCACGCCGUUGGAGUACAUGACGUAUGAGAACUUCGAUCAUCCGAUAUUUGAAUGCUUGAAUCCAGUCGGUGAGAUUCUGCCCGGUAGGACUGCUGCUGUGGAAUGGAAGUUUUCACCUCUUGAGGCAAAGACUUACAUGGUCGAUGUCCCCAUCAAGAUCCACAACGGCGAGACGGCCCUGAUCACCUUCACUGGUAUCGGCUUCGACAAGAGGGUCAUGGGAGAUGCGAUUCCCGUCACGGAACAACAUGACCUGAGUGGAGUCCCCGGGGUCCAGAGCGUCCCGGUCCCCGGCCAGCAAGCCUUCCUGUCGCUCGAGCGCAUCGCGUUUGGCAACAUGCCGCUGUUCUGUCGUAGUCGCCAGAUUGUCUUCGUGAUUAACCGGUCGAUGACGAACACGGUUUCUUUCUCUUGGCAUACGACGUCGAAGAAGGAUACGCAGUACAUACAGAUAAGUCCGAUUUCCGGUGUGCUGAAGCCAGGCGAGUCUAGAUUCUGCAAGGUGACCUUCACCGCCUGGGACGUAGCAUCGUUCUACGACCUUGACCUGAUCUGCGAGGUCACAGACGAAACAGAGAUGAGCAACUACCGCAAGAGAUUAAACGACUGGGAAAACGAAAAAGAGAGGCAAAAAUACGAGUUCACGAUCACGGAGAAAGACCCGCACGCGGACGAAUAUUACCCACAAUACCAUCCAGAGGAGGUGAGUUCUAACGGCACAGCGUCUCGGUCGGCGAGCACUGUUCAUUCACGUGAGACGAGUGCGAGUGGCGGGUCACGUGACAUCAGGACUGCGGAAACGACGGGUAAAGCUAGCGACCAACUGGUGAUGGUAUGGGACCAGGAACGUCCACCAAGUGGUCGACUGCAGGCGCUCGAAUUCAUCCAAGCCGUGAAACGCGAUGGCGACAUGCCACGCUACAAAACGCUUCCACCAAUCAAGAACCUCUCCGUCGACGCCACGAAACAUUUGGCGACGUUCCAGAAAUUCAUCGAGGACGACCUGUGGGAGAAGCCGGAACCACCGCGCCCGUUCUUGCUGCAUCUUGGCGUGACGGCACGGACUCAUCAGGUCACCGACUUCCAGACCAAUUUCCCUGAGGAGUAUCACAGGUACUACGUGGAUAGGUGCAUGAGCGCUCGGCUGUCCAAGGCGAUCGAGAAGAAGGAGGAAGAUCAAGCCAAUCAGGAGAAGGACGUAGUGACGUGUCUGGAACUAGAGGGCGACGUUGUAUCCGGGACGCUCUCCAAUGUUAUCAGAGCGCUUCUCGAUGACACGAACUUCCACGAGGCACUCCAGAAGAUUCCAGAGGAGCCCAUCCCAUUCUUCCAACAGAUCAAACAAGAUCCGAUCCCGGACAGUCGUCCUCCUUCUGAGCGCGCCAUUUCUGCUGUGUCGCAUUCCACAACGCGAUCACCACCGAUGACGCCGACAAGUCCUGCCGGUUCAAAACGAGGCUCCAGAGCGAGCGUCCGUUCUGGCCGAUCCCAAAAGUCGGCAGCGUCCGCAACGAAGACGACAACACCGAAAAAGACGCCGACACCCGUGUCUGCGACUCCUGAUCAUGUGACACCAGCAGGAGAGCCAAUUGAACCUUCGUCAGCAGAGGGGGUGAGAGCAGAGGAGAGAAUACCCACGCCGUUCCAAGAAGAGGAGGAACCCGAACUGGAACGACUCAGGAACAAAGAUUACAUAGCACCUGGGCUAGAGGAGUCUACAGAAAAGCCAUCCUUGCCUUAUCUUGAGGUUGUGGAUGAGGAAGGAGUGGUUGAUGAGGAUUGUCUAGAAACUGAUCCCAAGUCCCCUGAGGGUUCUACUAAGAGUUCCCUUAAAGGCGGCACGCCCGUGUCAGAAAAAGGGACGCAGGAAACGGUGAUCAUGCCGUCGACGGUUAUAAAACCUCCGUCAGAGGCCAAAGUCAAACAGCGGAGUCGCUCCGAAAUCAAGAAAAGCUACGCUGAGCAUAAGAAACAGCAGGAAAAAGAAUCAAUAAGGGGUCUCGGUGAGUUCGGUAACGACCUGGAAUCAAUCGUGGAAAACUCGCUGAUAAAUAUCUUGUCCGAGGCUUUCAAUGAGGAGUUCACCAUCACAGCACGACCACGUAUCAUCGCUCUCCCUCCAAAACCUACGUCAGCAUCCAGUCUCCGCAGUUUCAAAUCGCAGAAAUAAAAUAAGCGGCAUAUUCCUGUUUGUUUCUAUACAUAGAGGACUGAAAGACACUUGUGAAAGUUCCAAAGGAUAAACUACAAAAAUUCUUUAUGAUGUACAUCUGCUCAAUAAAACGUAUUUGAAUAAUCUUUUCUCGCAACAAUUAAAACGUUUUUACCUUGACAAUUCAAGUCCCUCGCAUUAGAAAGUUGAGGGAAGACUUCUAUUUAAACUUACCUAGCCUGAAUCUUGAUUUUUUUUUACGAGUACGCGUCGUGAAAAAUCAAGGAAAGAACGUUUUAACAGUUUUGUGAAAAGAGAAACUUUAAGACACAUGGCCUACAGGCUUUUGUCCAUCCUGUCAUUUUUCACACUUAGAACUAAAAGAAUUUUUCGAACUGAACACCUAAGUCUCCCGCACUUUGGAAAUUAAUUAUUCAUCUUUCAUCUAGUGUUUGGUAUAGGAACUAACAAUGUAUAUUAUUGUAAAUAGUCAUAUAUAUAGAUGUAUUGAUGAAGGUUCUGUGAUAAUUUUUGUCUCUUUAUUAUAUCAAUGCCUUUUGCUUUACAGUCAGACUCUCUGCGCAUCAGAUUGAAGUCUGCAUACAUGUAAGAAACAAACCAUUGGAUUUCUUAAAGUUUGGUUUUUAAUGUCGCAAGUUAUACCAAAUUGAAUUUUCAGAUUCAUCGGCUUUAGUCCUGUCGGACACAAAGACAAAUAGCCAAACAUUAUAGGGGAAUGUAUUAAGGAGGAGGAUCUAAAGGUGCCUAAAAUGCUUAGUAAGACACCGGGUCUAAUAUGAAUCCCUGAUAAAAUGUUUUUGUGCAAGACGAAAGACUUUGUGUAACUUAGCCUUGCCCACCUGGCUCUCUAUAGUCCCUCUUUAAGAAAACCAACCUAUCUUUGCACUGUAGAUCCCAAAUGAUGCGCAGAGAUCAUUUUCUUGAUCGCCGAAUCCUCAUGCAUCUGUCUAAUUCCUCAUGAUACUCUUUCAUGUGACCUGUUUUGUCCGUCCACCUCGUUGGUCAACCGUCCAGUUAUAUUUUUAGAUCAACUACUGUCACAUUAUUACCGAUGUUUUCUGUAAAUUUAUCAGAUAUUUAUUUUGAAAGUGCUGUGUUGCAUGUUAUUCUGUGAUGGUAAGAUACAUUCCAGUGUUUGACUGCUGUGUAACAUGGCACAAAGAUAAACGAUUUCCUUUCUGUGCGGGUUUUCACACAACCUACAUUUUCUCGUAUGUUGUAUCAAAAUACAAUGAUACCUUUUUUUCAUCAAUAAACUAAGCGUUUGUUAAA